GACUCGCUACACCUCCGCCUCCCCCUCUUCCGCCAUCACCGUCGACAAUUGCGCCUCCAAGGACUCCUCCUCGCGUAACUUCUGCGCUGGCGCCGCUGCUGCUGCCGAUGCCGCUCCGUUUCCGGAUAUAUUGGCAGAAUGGACAGAUAAACAGCACCGGCAAUAUCUUAACUCUUUAGAAGCUUCAUUUGUGAAUGAAUUGCACCGUUCUAUGCGUUCACGUGGUUGGUGUUUACAAAAUAACACUGAUCAAGCAUGUAAACCCAGAACUAUACAAAAUUCACAUGAUAUGCCCAGACAGUCUCUGGCUUUACAUGACAUCUGCCGGAAGAAGAUCAGCUUUGAAAAAUUUUCAACUAUGCUAGAGAGUACAGCUGAUUCUCAUGUUCUUGCAGGAAGUCAAAAUGGACUUACACCGGUAGAUAGAGGAUGCAGUUUGAGAGAAACUAAUACCUAUGACCAUGUCUUGCUUUGUGAUGAUGGAGUUCAUGCAGGAAAGUGUUCAUCAUUCUCCGACAGGGCACAAAGAAGAUUGGAGCAGCAAUACAGUUGCUGCUCAUCCCAUCCAGAUUUGGUUGCUAGUACAGCAGAGGUCACUGAUCAAAACUUCAACGGUGAAGUAGCCAGGUCAAGCUGCAUGCCUGUGGCGAAAAAAGCGAAGACAGAUGCAGCUGAGGCUUCAAGCAAUGCUCAAGUUGUGCCUUUUGGAAUAAUUCACACGUUAGACGCUUCAAUUGAUUCUGAUUCAUCCUCGAGAAACAAAGGACGUGAAUUGCUAUCCAAACUCCCAGAGAGCCUCCAUUUCUCGAAGUCAGAUCUGCAUCACUUUCUAAGGGGUAGCUAAGUACAUGGAAUUUUGAAGUCUCGGAUGUGAAUGCUGCUGAUACAAACUGACAUAAUAGAUAGUAAUGCGAGACUUAUAAAUCAAAUUGUACGUGACUAUUCCUAUUCUUGAGGUUCCAGUGCCGGUUAGGCUGCCCAAAAGGUGUUUCACAUAGCAUAGAGUAAGGAAGAAAUCUUUGAUAGCAAUAUUCGUAGACAAUACAUAGUCAAGAUAAUAAUUAUUUUGUAUGAUUUAUUUGCUAGAUGAUAUAUUGGAUGAUUAACCAACUAUUUAGGUAGACCAAUAAUUGUUAACUCCUUUUGCUGGCUUUACUCAAGUUUGCUUAUAGAUGCUGAUUGUACUUAUAAAAUAGUUGAGAAGAUGGAGAAAAUCCAGUAUGCGUGUUAUUAUUGCGUAUGUUGUAUCAUCAUCAGUUGGAGUGGAGACUGUAAUGUCUUUGACUUUCAAUAGUAUAUAUCUCCAAGUGAUACUGUUUGACUUUA